GCGUUCUUGCGUUUCCAUAGAUCCUCAUCUGUGUUCCAACCAAAUCAAGUCAUCUACUUGUCUCAGCGUGUCAUGUUCGUGGCGCGUGAGGGCACCUUUCCAGAUAAGUCAAAGCAGACAAUCUCAAGGUUAAUAUGCCUUCCUCUCGAAAUCCUCGAACAGAUCGUCAAGCACGUUCACCACAUAUCAGUCAUCGAAAAUAAAGGAAUUCAUGGCCUAUGGUCACAACGCAAGUCGCAGCUGGCAUUCGUGCCAAUUGACAAAAGAUCUCAAAGGUAUAUCAUGCAGUUGGAUAAUCGAGUCCCAAUCCUCAACAGUCUUCAGAGUUUGAGUGUGGUCAACAGGUGUCUUCAUGAUCUUUGCUGUCGGUUAUUGUGGGAAACUUUGCGCUUUCCAACGCGUUUGCCCAUUCCAAUCACGCUGUGGAUCAAUGAACUCCUUCCAAAGCACGGUUUCCGAAUCCGGUCGCUAUCACUUACAUUAUCAACUCGAUUUCUCAAAACACCUCACAACGACCCAUUUCGUCACAACAUCCAUUAUGAUAACACUGCAUUGCGCAAGGAAGGUGUAUGUCGAAAACAUCUUGAGUCUUGCAAUUGUUUUGUUAGGGAGAUGCUGUCCCCGAAGAGUGUCAUGGGAUUGCUAGACCAAUGCCACGGAAACCUUUCAGAUUUGGACAUUAUCUUCUCUGCAGAGCUUGAGAACCGUCUAGAGAAUCUGAACAGCCGCAUGCACGGAUUGCAACUUUUCUUUGCACGAUUAACUCCGGUGAUGUCGAGACUCAGCGGACUUCGACAUCUAGGACUGCGAAAUAUUCACUUUGCCUCAUUCAAUGAUGAAGUUCUCUCUCAAAUGUUUUCAGGCUUGUCUUUGCUCGAAUCAUUCUCUGCGUCAGAUCUUCCCACUUGGUUCGUCGAUCACAACAAGCAUCCAAAUCACACGGGUGAACCAUUAUCACGACUGAAAAAUCUAUUGCGACUUCAAUUCCACCAAGUUUCGGCAGUUGAUGAGUCGUAUUGUCAUCACUCUUGGCCGAAGGUCAUCACCGAACUACAUCUUGAGGGAUGUUCCAACGUCAACCCUACUGUAGGACAUCAACUCAUCCAUCGCAUUGCGCCAAAUUUAACACGACUUCGUCUCGACUUUUGUAAUUCUGUCGAAGACUUUGAUUUUGGGUCUAACUGGCAGGAAAAGCUUCAAUUCCAACUUCCGCAUCUCACUGAUUUAAACAUACAACCAUAUGAACACGACUACCUUACCUGUUUCCAGGAAUGCCAAAAUCUUCAACGAUUGAAAUGUGAUUUGGUUGCAAAGGGGCAGUGGAAAUACAUUUCUCAUCUUGUGUGCGUGUCAACUUGGCCAAAACUAGAUAAAAUUGAUCUAUACGGAUUGGAUAUCUACGAAUCUGACGACCAGCUUCUUGAUGAUGAUGGAAUUGAUUAUCACCAAGAUUUGAUACGCGAAUUCUGUGAUCAGGCUGGGAUUGUCAAUUGCGUCUGGAUCUGA